UCACUACAUUACUCAGGGAACUGAAUUGGGAGUGGCAGAGGUUUGGGAUAUUUUUAUAGGACCUGGAAAAUUGACCAGUGGUGUUGAUUGGGAAUUGAAUGAUUUUAGAGCAACCAGUAAUAUUAAAAUGACAGAAAAAAAUUAGCCUUUUGCUAAUGCAAGAAUGGUUUAAAUAAAUUGGAAGAAACAGAAAAUGCUGUAAUGGGAAAAUGGGCUACUGUCAUUGGAGCACCAGAAGAAAAUCAAGAAAAUGAUUUGUAUAUUAACACGCUAGAGUCUGCUGAGGAAAAUGUCCAGCAAAACGUUCAUAUGACAUCGACCAAUCUAGAAGGGACUAAUGAGACCAAAAUCGAAGCAGCUCGGAUAAGAUUGGAAAAACUAAAACAGACAUUGAGCAAAAGAGAAGCUGAAAUCAUUGAGCUUUUAAAAAACAAUAAUGAACUAGAAAAUGAUUUUGGAACAUGGAGCAAAUCACAAGUUGCCCAGUUUGACACAUCAAGAGUAGUUCUACUAAAACGAAUUCUAGAAAAGCUUCAUUUCAUUUACAAUGAAAUUCCAGAAGCACAGCAACUCAUUGACAACCUUUUGCAUGACAGUCUUCGAAAGACAAUAGAAGCCAAGGAAUCUUUGGACAAAGUACAACAAGAUAUGAUAAAUGCUGAAAGGGUAACUGAUGGAAAAUCCACAGAUUUUACUAGGGAUCAGAUUCCAGAGGAAUUCCUGAGUUUGGAAGAAGCCCAAGUUGAUCUUUGGGAAGCAGAAAUUCUGCUGGAAGUAUUAAGUACAAUCAGGUCUGGAUGUAUUAAUGAUCGACUGAACUUUAUUAUCGCAGGUUCUCAAAAAAUACAAGAGCCAAAGUUCGGGUUUGAUCUGGGUCGAGAGAAAAUUAAACAUCCGUUUGCUGCUGAUAUCAACAUUAGUCAUGGACAGAGGUUGAAAGAUAACUUGGAUGGAAGGACAUUAGGGGAACAAAAUUCAACAUCAGCAGGAUGGAUGAGCAGUGCUAAUAAGCUGCAGACUCUACAAGAUGAGUUGGAACAGCUGAAGUUGGAAAAUAAAAAUCUGGUGAAGAAUUUGAAUACUGAGAAGACUCUGAGAAAGAAAUACUGCAAUAUGGUGGAGGAUUUGAAAGGAAAAAUCCACGUCUUCUGUCGUAUACGGCCUUUGAGUAAAUCUGAGCUAACUCACGGAAGCCAGUGUAUUGUCCAAUCUCCUGAUGAGUAUACGGUGACCAUCAAAAGUAGCCAUGGAGUGAAGGAGUUCCAAUUUGAUCAAGUAUUUGACGGUUCCACAUCACAGGAAGAAUCCUUCAGAGAUAUAAAUAGGUACGAGCCGAACGCAGAAAACCACCAACACAAAAGACAUCAGGCUCUACUUUCACCUCCUGAGGAGAAAGCCAGUGAAGCCUCAGAUUAUGUCAUGGCACUUUUGCGAUUGGCAUUUAUUUGGAAGAGUUGCUCCACUGAUCAUAUGACAAACGCAUACUAUACAGUGAAAGUGUGUCAUGCGUACUGAACCUUUUGCUUCCCAGGAGAGUUAUCAUUGCAUAUUCGAGAAUCCUGCAUAAUACUUA